CAUGUGCCUGUAAAGGCUGACAUCUGUUGUAGGUCACAUAACAUUUCUAUAAAAGAGUAAAGUUAAAAGCAAAAUAUAGAAACUGCUUAGUAAAUAUAGAAAAUGAAUAUUUUACUUAAAGUAACUCAGUUCAGUGAUUACAAGUCUACUAUAUAUGUAAAUUAGAUCAUUGUAAAAGUCUUUAACUCUUAGUAUACAUGGAAAGCUCUGUGUCUAUGGUGUUUGUGUACAUAUACUCCCAGAAACCAUAGUACUAGAAUGUCUUCAAAUGGAAUCCCCAUGGGGUUCUAACCAGCUGACUUUAUUGAUGCAUGGUGAGGUCACAAAGUUCUAAAGAGGCCCUCUUUAGACUCUUCUGAGGAAGCUCGGGCUACAGCCUGUUUCUUCAUUGGGUCAUAGAGAACGGUGUGAUCUUUUCAUUCUUUCAGCCAAGGAAUACAUUUUCCAGUUUCUUCUGGAACAUUCUGCCAUUUGCCUUACUAAAAGUGGGUACUCCUUGAAACAUAAGUCUUAGGUUUACUUAAUUCUGGAACCUGUAACUGGUGAUGCCUCCAAGAAGAAGGAGAUCUCCAGAGAGGCCCAUGUCUUCUAAAUCCCUUGAUGGCUCGAGAAUUUAUGUCAGUAAUACUAAGGAAAGAGCUCAAGCAGUUGCCUUGCCCAAUGUCAUUCCAAAUUCAGUACGCCGAGUGAGCUUUGCACCUACCUUGCCUUCUAUGAGAAUGUCUCAGGAGAUUAAAGACUCCAGAAUCUCUCUAAAGACUCUUUUAAAUGCUAUUAAAACCAUGGAGGGAAGGCUGGAAGGCAAAAUAGACAUUCUUGCCUCAAGACCCUUCCUAAGUGAGGACUCAUCAACUUUUCUUAAACGAGAUUCGAUGAAAUCCAUUCUUGGGAAAAAUGAGGAGGAGCUGGCCCAAGCUGUGAAGUGUCGAGAUGCUGCCUUGAAAGAGAGCCAGAAGUUGAGAGGAGACCUGGAAACUCUGGAGGACAGGGAAAGCAAGAAGGUGGGAAACUUUCAGCGGCAGUUAGCAGAGGCUAAAGAAGACAACUGCAAAGUCACAAUCAUGCUGGAAAAUGUGUUGGCUUCUCAUAGUAAGAUGCAGGGAGCUCUGGAGAAAGUCCAGAUAGAGCUCGGGCGGAGGGAUUCAGAGAUCGCAGGCCUCAAAAAGGAAAGGUCUCUAAAUCAACAAAGAGUACAGAAGCUGGAAGCAGAGGUGGACCAGUGGCAGGCCAGGUUGCUGAUUGUGGAGGCCCAGCACAACAGCGAG